AUGGAAGGACGGAUCCCAAUUACUGUGGCAGAGCUGUGUGAGAUUGAUGACCUCGCCACCAGUUUGGUGCUGGACCCUCUGCUGGGCUUCUGCACUCACAAAAUGAAAAUCAGUCCUUUACCAGACAUCCGAUGUCAGGGUAGUCUCAAAGGGACGCUGCUGCACUUUCAGUGUACACAUGAUUUCAAUGUAACAUUUGAGGCAUUGACAGGAGGCAGUCUGACUGACUAUUUUGUUUCUCUGGGCGGCCACCGUCUGCAGCUGCUGAGACAACAUGUCUACCGCUACCUCAGUGCCUUCCUGUUGGACAGUGGCGUUAAGAUAAAGUACUGUGACAGAUACUCUGUAGAGACCAAUGGGGCUAAAGUUGUCUCAACAAGACAAUGGUUUUCAGGGCAGCGUAUAGAGGUCUUGCUGGGCUGCACAGCAGAGUUUCGUCCUGGUGACAGCACAGUGCUGAGGGCAGGUGUCAAUGACUUCAGCAUCAUGUAUUCUUUACGAAAACGCUGCGAUCAGCUCUGGCUGGGCCCUGCAUCUUUUGUUAACUAUGAAUGCAAACCAAACUGCAGGUUUUUACCUGGUGAGAAGAAUAUUGUCUAUGUUGAGGUGAUUCAUCCUAUUUCUCCUGGGGAAGAGAUCACGUGUUACUAUGGUGGCAGCUUUUUUGGGACGGGAAAUGAAAUGUGUCAGUGCUUCACCUGUGAGCGGAAUGGACAAGGUCACUUCAAACAAAGAAGGACGCAACCUCACUCUGAAGCAAAAAAGAACCCUGUGAGCAGCAUAGGCCUCAAUGCUGGAGACAGUCCACCGAUGUCACCACAAAGCAUGGGAGUAGAGACAUCUGAAGAAAGGAAUGCAAGAAAGGCU